AAUACGUCAAAUAUCAGACGUCCGUACAUACCUAGAUUGACUCACUCACACAACGCUCCACAAUGUAAAUUCUGAGCGCCCUAUAUUGGAAGAGACUUUGCCAUGAUUCAAUUGAAAUCAUGCGGUUUACCCAUUUUCGGCCCCCGGUGAUAAAUAUCGCCUUUGGCACUUUCUAUCGUCAUCAUCCCGGCGCAAGCUCUAUUCAUCCGAACCCGGCUCUCUUCACAAACUUAAACUUCACACUACCUUGUACCACCGAUCCAUCGACUCACUGGUAUAUCGUUGGACCGUCUUUGAGUGGGAAGACGACAUUUUUACAGAUUUUGAGGGGGGAGCAUCUUUGCUUCCCUCCGGCAGCACGAAGCUAUCCUUACCUAUCCACAGAUGAGGUGCCUCAUAGGUUAAGAGUACCACAUAAAGCUAUUCAGUAUGUAGGAUUCGACAACGAUGGAUUAUCUUCUAGUGUCACUACUUCGGCAUACUUGUCUGCUCGAUACGAGUCAAAACGUGAGAAUACAGAUUUCUCCCUUAGAGAUUUCUUGUUGGGCAAUACCGAACUCAACCCACUGAAACGUUCGCAUGAGGACGGAUUCGAUCGAGUGUUAUUCGAUAGGGUAGUGAGAGAACUGAAGCUUGCUCAAUUAUUGGACCUUCCCGUCACAUUUUUGAGCAAUGGCCAAGGAAGAAGAGCAAGGAUUGCGAGAGCUCUUCUCUCUACUCCAGAGGUUCUGUUACUUGACGAGCCAUUCAUGGGACUUGACCCGCCCACAGUAGCUGGACUAAGUCCGCUCUUACAUCGUCUGGCAAGUAGGGCAAAGCCAAGGUUGAUAUUAAGCGCAAGGCCGCAGGAUCCUAUUCCAGAUUGGAUUACACACCUGGUCUACUUGAGAGGAGACUGUCAAGUAGCAGCAAUUGGUGAGAAAGAAGUUGUCUUGGCAAAAUUAAGACAAUAUGUUCGGCAGGUAUGGAGUGGGACAUCAAAGGAAGAGGACAAUCUAUCGGUGCAUAGCUUGUUGCAAUUAGGCAGAACGUUAACUGCUAAAGGAAUUGACGGUGAACCGCUGAUGGGCGAAAAGUCUUUGAAAACUAGUGAGUCGCCUUUCGCUCAGGACUUCGACGUACCUAGAAAUAUUGGGGAGCCCGUUGUGGAGAUGGACGGGUGCAAAGUGCAAUAUCGCGGUAAAGUCGCGCUUGGAAACUGGAAACAAAAUAUUGGUGGGGAAGAACAGGAGGGACUCGUAUGGACUGUGCGGCGAGGAGAACGAUGGGGUAUCUUUGGCCCUAACGGCUCGGGCAAGACGACCAUCGUAUCUCUCAUCUGCUCGGACCAUCCUCAGACCUAUUCGUUACCCAUAAAAUUGUUUGGGCGAAGUAGAUUGCCUGAAGUUGGUUCGGGACAGCUGCCUUUAACUUUCUGGGACAUUCAAGCUCGGAUCGGGCACUCGAGCCCUGAGAUCCAUCAACACAUGCCCCGAAAUCUUACGGUGAGACAAGUGGUUGCGAAUGCAUGGGCCGACACGUUCCGCUCGAAGGCUGUACUCGAUGAGCAAGCAAAAGAGAAGGUCGAGGCUUGUCUGCGGUGGUUCGAGGCGGAGUUGAACCCAGCUUAUGCAAAAGCGUCGAAGCUUGGAUCUGAUGUACAAGAGAGCUCUGACCUACAGUGGGCGGAUCACUAUAUGUUCGGGGAACUGUCCUUCUCCGCCCAGCGGGUUGCACUAUUUCUGCGAGCAAUCAUCAAGAAUCCGGACAUCGUCGUUCUAGAUGAAGCUUGCAGUGGUAUGGACGAUGGCGUUCGGAAUCGCUGUCUUCUCUUCCUCGAGCACGGGGAGACUAAGACGUAUGCGAAGCAUGACAAUGGUUCAGAAACUAUUGUUGAGAGCGAUGCAUCAAAAUCAGGCACAGUCAAAGUAGGAGGCCUCAGUGACAACCAGGCUCUGAUCUGUAUUAGCCAUAUUAGAGAAGAGAUACCCGACUGUAUAAGAGAAUGGAUAUGUCUGCCUGAGGCCAAUUCAGGAUUACCGGCUAGGUUUGGAGUCUCCGUAGCGCCGCUCGGGCGGGACGAAAAGAGCUGGAGGCAGAUAUGGGGUAUGUGAGUCUUGAUCUACGGCGCUACGAUAUAUAAAAAUAUUUUGACCCGAAUUAUGUGACAUUCCGGACAUAGACUUGAUAGGUUGUAUGUCAAAUUGUGUAUAUCUGCCUGAGAUUACCUGCAUUUGGCGGAGAGAGUUAAGCGAGUUACGCAAGAAAUACUAUGGGAAUACUCAGUGCGAACAAUAAAUUCACCGAAUACGAAAUGGAGAGAAGAAUUAAUGGUGGAUGAAGAACGCGUGGAUGGUCGGGAUUUUAGUGCAUAAUUAUGCGCUGCCAAGAUUACACUGCCGCUCUUAUGUGGGGCUUAGGGCACGGUUGCUGGGCAACAGUGGAGUGCAAGGUACCUGCAUUUCUAAAUACAACAAAGCACCUGCUUCGAGACUGUGAGUUAGCUCCCCACUGA